AUGCGCUCAGCGACUCUUCUUACUCUUGGCGGACUGGCGGGGCUGGUGUCUGCUCACAAGGGGUGCGGUGGACCAGGACAUGAGGUCGUACGGAGGAACCCUGGUGGGCCUGUCGUGACGUUGGAGGAAGCACGUGGCGGGCGUAAGCGCGCAAACAGCAACCCCUGCGACGGCUACACCUACCCUCCUACCCAGAACCUCACCUCCUCCUACCCCAAUCCCUAUAAUAUCGCCACCCUCCUCCCCUCUGAUACCGCCGCCCGGACCCUCUUCUCCAGUAUCGACGCCCACGUCCGCUCCGCCCUACCCACCACCUACCCGAAAGGCAACCCCGACGGCUCACAUCCUGGUCUUGUGUAUGAUGGCGGUGCCGACCCGGACUGCUGGUGGACUUAUACCCAAUGUACGACUCCCAAGAACGCGACGGGGCUGCAGAGGGAUAUCACGACGGUGCCGGAGCCGGGGAGCUAUGGGUUGACGUAUGAUGAUGGGCCGAAUUGCGGGAAUGCACCGCUGUAUGAUUGGAUGGAGCAGAACGACGUGAGGGCGACACUGUUCUAUAUCGGUGGGAACGUACUGAACUGGCCUUUGCAAGCUAUCAGCGGUCACGAAGGCGGGCACGAGAUUUGCGUCCACACCUGGUCACAUCACUAUAUGACCGCCCUCUCCAAUGAACAAGUCUUCGCCGAGCUCUACUAUACCCAGCGAAUCAUCAAGGACGUCCUCGGCGUCACGCCCUUGUGCUGGCGCCCGCCUUAUGGUGACAUCGACAAUCGGGUCCGGAUGAUCGCUGCCGGACUCAACUUGACCACUGUGGUAUGGUCCGAAGACUCUUCCGACUGGUCGCUUGACUCUGGAACCCCCCAGUCCAAGAUCGAUGCAAAUUACCAAGGCUUCAUCGAUAAGCAGAAGAGUGGGCAGUAUGCCAAUUUUGGUCCGGUUGUUCUUUCGCACGAGCUCAGUGCCGCCACAAUCAACGAAGCGCUCAAAUUCCUCCCUUCCCUCAAAGCCGCAUUCACCCAUCUUGUCCCUAUCGCUACCGCCUACAACAUCUCGCAUCCCUACGCCGAGGAGGACAUCUUCUACCCGUCUUUCGCAGAGUAUGUGGCUGGGGAGGAGGACACCGUUACAUCUAGUUUGAGCUCGAUCACUUCGACAUCCACCUCGGCAUCGUCCUCUACUUCAUCUGCGAGUACGACAUCGUCCUCGGUAUCGGCGUCGAGCACUAGCUCGGCUGCUUUGUCCUCAUCAUCAGCUGCUGCCCCAGCAUCGCCGAGCGAGGGGACGAGCAACCACAAUGCCCAACCCAUAUCAGCGGGGUGGCGCGUCGAGCCGAGAUUGGGAUUAUCGCUGGCUCUGGCGAUUAUCUGCGGUGCGGCUAUAUGA